AUGGCUCCUCCUCCCCCGGCGAACUUACCCUUGGGCGAAAGGCUCAAAGCUCUGGCCCAAACAUUGCAAUUCGCUUGGUUUGCUGGACAUGUAACAUUGCUCAUUUCCGUCUUCCGCUAUAUCCUGUCCUACGUCACCUUCAACUACUAUUCUUCCGCGGCGCAGGUGUCCUACCGUCUGGCGUUUUUGUCCGCGGCGGCAACAUAUGGCAUAGUGGUAUACAAGGGACACAUCGCACGGGCUCGUCUCCAGGGCAGUGUUCCGAACAUUGUGGUGAAGCUGGCGGGCGAUGAGAACGUUCAGUAUCUUGGAAUGGCUUUGGUCUGGCUCUAUUCACGUCAGGUUCCCCUUGCCCUCCUUCCUUUCAGCGUCUACUCGGUCUUCCAUGUUGCGACUUACUCGCGCGCCCAUUUGAUCCCCACUCUGCAGCCCUCUCAGGGUGCCGCAGGCCCUACUUCGUCCUCCUCUCCCUCAUCCUCCAAGCCUGCCGCUAAGCAGUCGCCUUUGGCGGAAACCAUUGGGAGGUUUGUGAAGCAGUACUACGACGCUAGCAUGGACCUCGUGGCUGGCCUUGAGAUGACACUCCUGUUCCGUCUGUCGUUGUCGGUCCUUUCUUUCUCCAAGGGAAGCCUCGUUCUCUUUAUUAUCUACCUAGCUUUCUUCCGCGCUCGAUACGCCCAGAGCUCGUUCGUCCAGCAGGCUAUUCGUCAUUUCACUGCACGCGUCGAUGCUUCCGUUUCCCACCAGAGCACUCCUCCUGCAGUGCGCCAAGGAUGGGAGACGUUCAAGGGUGUCGUGCGCCAGGGAUAUGAGGCCACCGACUUGGGCCGCUUGGUUGGCGGGACGGAGGCCAAGAAGCCGCAAUAA